AUGAAGGUCGCUCUGCCUGCGCCAUUGAUCUCCCUACUCUGGGCGACAUGCUCAUUCGCUCAAAAUGUCGUCGAAGACAUGUCCUUCGGCCACAAGAACACCCUCUCACCUAACUCCUUCGCCAUCCCGGGCUGGGCCAUGCUUGGUGAGGGGCACGUGCCUCAACUCCUCUCGGACAAAGUCAUCCUCACUCCUCCCUACGGCGGCCACAAGCGAGGCGCAUUAUGGGCAGAACAGAAAAACACCCUGCAGGACUGGGCGGUGGAUUUCAAGUUCCGAGCGGGAGGUCAGGACAAAGCAAGCGGCAAUCUGCAGCUGUGGUACGUGGCCAACGGAGACAAAUCAGUCAGCACAUCGAGCCUCUACACCGUAGGUAAAUGGGACGGCCUGGCCAUUGUCAUCGACACGGUCGGGGGCGUGCAGAAAAUCCGUGGCUUCCUGAACGACGGCUCCGUCGAGUACAAGAGCCACCAGAACGUUGACGGCAUGGCGUUCGGACACUGCGACUACGUCUACCGCAACCUGGGACGACCUUCCCACCUCAAAGUGCGACACACUCGUGCGGGAGGCCUAGAAGUGAGCGUCGAUGACCAACCCUGCUUCGCAACCGCGAAGGUCAGCCUCCCGACAGACUACAACUUUGGCAUGACCGCCGCCUCGGCCGACCCACCGGACUCCUUUGAAGUGUUUACGUUCACCCUCUCCUCCGUCACGACCCCUCCGCCCGCGCAGCAGCAGAACAACCAGAACCAACCCCCACCUCCAACAUACCAGAACCAACAAGCCCAACCGCAAGGCGGGGCCGGCAUGUUCGCGUCCGACGACACGCCCGCGUCGCACUACACCACCUCGGAAGCCCAGUUCGCAGACCUCCACAACCGGCUGAACCUCCUCUCCAAAUCCAUCUCCAACCUCUUCACCGAACUGCAGCGCGUGUCGUCCACACUCGACACCCGCCACAAUGAGCUGCUCUCCCGCAUCCCGUCCUCGCAGAGUAUCUCCUCGCUCGACAACCGCGUCGCGAACCUCGACCGCGUCGUCUCGGCCCUGGAGAAGGAGCUCAAGAGCAGUGACCACCGCACGCAGUUUGCCAAAAUCAGCGAGCAGAUAGCACAGACCCACCUGGGCGUGACGGAGCAUGUGCCGCAGCGGUUGAGGGAGUACGUGAUUGCGCAUACGCCGCGCAUCGGAUUUGUCUUGUAUAGCUUCAUGGCCUUUCAGACGUGCUGCAUUGCCGGGUUCGUGUGGUACAAGUGGCGGAAGAGCACCAUGCCGAAGAAGUACCUGUGA